AUGAAGUGGCAGAAAGAGCAUAAAAUUGACGAUUUCCUUUCUCCAGUAAUACCACGAAACCCUAGCGACCCUCAGUUACAUCAUGUCCGAGAAGACAAUGGAAUACACCCGGUAAACAGCCCCGCGCCCCGCCGCGACCAUAUCGAUAUACUGACAAGUGUGUGUUACAAACAAAACAGUCUGGGCAACUCCGGCCUAAAGAUCUCCAAGAUCAUUUUGGGGACUAUGUCGUACGGAAGCAGCCAGUGGCAAGACUGGGUGCUAGACGAGGACAAGGCGCUGCCGCUCAUCGAGCACGCCUAUAAACAGGGCAUCAACACCUGGGACACGGCAGACAUCUACUCCCAUGGCCGGUCUGAGGAAAUCAUCGGCAAGGCCCUGAAGCAGUUCAACAUCCCGCGCAACCGUGUGGUCAUUCUGACCAAAUGCUUCUUCGGCGUCGACGACGAGGGCAACUUUCCGCCCAUUUCAGCGUCUGCGACAAACGACGGUGAAUUUGUCAAUCGCACGGGUCUCUCGCGGAAGCAUAUCUUUGAUGCGGUUGAUGCAAGCGUGCAGCGACUCGGUACGUACAUCGAUGUGCUGCAGAUUCAUCGGCUGGAUCGGGACACGCCGCGCGAGGAGAUCAUGAAGGCGCUCAAUGAUGUUGUAGAGAGCGGAAAGUUCAUCUCGAUGCAGAACUAUCACAACCUAAUCGCCCGCGAAGAGGAGCGUGAGAUGAUCCCCUACUGCCUGGACAGCGGCGUCGGACUGAUUCCCUGGUCGCCGAUGGCUCGGGGCGCUCUCGCCCGGCCCUGGGGCGAGCGAUCAAGCAUCCGUGAGAAGACAGACGGAGCUAUCGAACGGCUCGUCCGUAGCCGUGAGUCCGAGGCUGACAAGAUCAUUGUCAGCCGCGUUGAGGAGGUCGCGUUGAAGAAAGGGCUUAGCAUGGCGCAGAUUGCUAUGGCGUGGUCACUGAGCCACCGCAAUAUGUGUCCUAUUGUCGGGCUGAGUAGCACAGCUCGUAUUGAUGAGGCCGUGAAGAGUGUUAAGGUUAAGUUGACGGAUGAGGAAAUUCGGUACUUGGAGGAGGCGUACGUGCCCAAGACUGUUGCUGGUUGGUAG